AUGGACAGGGAAACCUCGGAGGUCGAUCUCUGGAGCCUGUCUCAAAGAGAAGACGAGCCACUUCGCGAGUUCAUGAACAGAUUCAAGCUAGUAAUGGCAAGAGUCACCGGGAUCAUCGACAAAGUGGCGAUCGAUGCUCUAAAGAAAACUCUCUGGUACCGGUCGAAAUUCCGGCAAUGGAUAUCCCUCGAAAAACCGAGAACGAUUCAGGAUGCUCUUCAUAAGGCAACGGACUUCUUCGGAGAAGAUGUCCAGGGCGAGCACAAAUACACUAUCAAUUCCGAACAAGGAAAGACCUCCGGAAACACCUGGACCAGGAACCAGUACAAGGAUAACUCCUACUGCGAGUUCCACCAGACCAAAGGUCAUUCUACUACGAACUGCAAAGUUCUCGGCGCAAGGCUAGCCGCAAAACUCCUCGCUGGCAACCUCUCGAAGGUCACUAGCAUAAAAGACCUCAUCCUGGAUUCCGACCGUCCUCCCAGGACUGAUAAAGAGUCUCCCGAGAGGGACACACGCACAAACCAGUCUGGCGAGAAACGCGGAAUAAGGCAGGAUGACCAUGGAGACAAUAGUACCCGCCGGAGGAUAAACAUGAUCAACGGAGAAUCGCAAUUCUACCGCGACUCUGUUUCAUCCAUCAAGACCUAUGGAAGAAAGGCGGAAACAAGUUCUAACUGGACGACUCGGUCUCCGACCGUCAACGCUCCAAACGAUACGAUUGUUUUCGAGGAGGAGGAAACCGUCGGACUCGAUAAACCUCACUGCGACCCGAUGGUCAUCGACUUGGUAAUUCGAGACCUCGAAGUGGGAAGAAUCCUCAUCGACACAGGCAGCAAGCGAGUCAAGAAAACUCAGAGUACUCCUGAAGGUUCCACAAAGAGCGAUUCGGAAUCACUCGCCCAGACAAUGGCUCCGGACAGCGACGCGAUCCCGGAGUCCAUCGCCCUACCAGCGGAAAACCCGACUCACGAAACGGCCGCCGAUUUAACUAAAGCCUCAACGGCCAAAGUAACAGAAAUGGCCCUAUCCAACGAGUAG